AUGAAAUUAUUUCUCUCAAUUUCUGUCCCUCUCUCCAACCCCCAUGGCUGCCUCUGGUUCCAAGACCCAUCCUCCUCUCUCUGCUUCCAAACCUCCCAAGAACCCAACGAGCCUCAACCCCAUCACUGAAACCCAAACCCCAAACUCCAACCCUUCCACCUCCACAAUCCCUCCUGUCCCACCGUCCCAAGAAGAAAUCGUCCUCUCACACGCUUCCCACAUCACCCACCACGAGCUCAUCCGCCGCCGCCGCUCCUACCUCAGAGAGCUCAAAAAAUGCUACAAAUCCCACUACUGGGCACUCAUGGAGGAGCUCCGGAUUGGGUACAGGGAGUACUGGUGGAACUACGGUGUCAGCCCUUACAAGGAAGAGCACAGGUACGAGAGAGACGCUGCUGGGGUUGCUGAAGGCACUGAUGAGAACAACAACAGCAUCAACGGCAAUUGCAACAACAAUAAUCGUGGUUCUGCCGCCGGCUUCGAUGCCCAAAGGAAACUGCAAUGUGCUUCUCAGCAGUGUAAAGGCAAGGCCAUGGCGAUGACGAGCUUUUGCCACCUUCAUAUUCUUUCGGAUCCGAAGCAGAAGCUCUAUAAGCCUUGUGAUUAUGUUAUCAAGAGUGCUCAGGCAGGACCUAUAACAUGUGGGAAGCCGAUACUGAGAUCCACUGUUCCUUCUCUUUGCCCAAUUCACUUCCAAGUGGCUCAGAAGGCUGUCAGAAGGGCCUUGAAGAAGGCAGGCCUGAAUAUGUCCUCAUCAAGUAAGCUGGCUCCAAAGUUCCAUGUCAUAAUAGCGGAAUACGUACACCAAAUUCAAGCCAAACGAAGAACUGCACAAAGAGCCAAGGGGAAAAAGGUCGCAAUUAAGGAAGAAAAUGCUGACUGAGCCUCUCCAGACAGCAAAUUUGCACUCUGCGGUGGCAACCAGUCUCAGAAUGGGAACUUAAUCUGAAGGCUAUGAUGCAUUUUGUGGUGUUAUACUUAAAUUGAAUCUUUUUCGUUCCUUCUCUUUUCGAUCAUAUGUUCAGCGAUCUUUAGAGAGACCAGACUGCUUGGUUAGUUCAAGCGUGUUAAAUGUAUACGAACCUUUGUAUCAAGACAUGUACAACAUAAUUCGAGUUACUUGUUACUUUCGGAAUCAA